AUGCUUCCAACAAUCUACUCGCAUAACAUCGCUCUUGCUGCAGUUCCAUUUUUAGCCAGUGUCUACGCUGCCAGCGGGUCCCUAGACAGUGAGGCUAUCGGUUCUGAGGGUUCGAACGAAUCCGCUGUGGCUUCCGUGACUGUGGAAACCGCCACAACUGCCGCAACUGCCGGAACGGCUGAAACGGCUGAAACGGCCGCCGUCGGCACUGCCACAAACACACAAACCGCCGCUGUCCAGGCCGAAUGGCAGGCCGCGUCUACUGCCACCUCAGUCGCCGCCUGGCAAGAAACCACCUCUGCUGCCUGGAACCAACUUGCAUCUGCCACGACGACCGAAUCUGUCUCUGGUACCACCGCUGUCACCGAGUACGCCUCCGCCACCAGCUCCGGCUGCGGCGGCGCAUAUGCGCAGUGCGGCGGCCUGGGCUACUCCGGAAACACCUGCUGCCAGGCCGGGUAUCAAUGUGCGACAGCCAACAGCUACUGGGCGCGGUGUGUCGCCGCAUCGACGCUUGCCUCGUCAGCCGUUAGUGGCUCUGCAAGCGGCUCUGCAAGCGGCUCUGCCAGCGCCUCCACCAGCGGUACUACCUACACCACCACUUACACCACGCACUUCUCAUCCACCGUCCAAAAGAGCGGCUCCUCGUACGUCACCGAGGGCAGCUCCGUGGUGACGUCUGUUGUCAAGAGCAGUUCUGUGGCAACUGUGUCCGAGAGCAACGGAUGCGCUCCUCUCAGAAUGUAUGAGGGCUCUUGGAAAAGCAAGGCACUGGUUGGUGGGCUUUUGGGAAUGACUCUGUUGGUGGGAAUAAAUUAG